CGGAAUUCUGUGAUCCUUCACACCAACACGUAUUUUGAGCCUCUUGAAAACGCCAUUCAACAUGUCUGAUCCCAAUCUUAAAGGAGACUUCGUCGAGGGACCACCUGCCAUAGAUCCCAAAACCAAAGGUGACAUUGUUCUCAAAGGGAAGCACAAUGUAAUACUCAUUCCUUGUGUACUUGAGCACGCACCCAGUCUCUUCGAGAAUCUCUGCGGACCUCAAAACAAUAGCCUCUACACAUGGCUACCCUUCGAACCAUUCCAAGACGUGGAGUCCCUCAAAGCGCACCUUAAACUUCUCAUGUCCUUCCCGACAACUGUCUUCACCAUCUUCGUCACGGAGGCCUCGGAGACUGGCUCCAAACCCAAGGAAGCCGUCGGCAUCACUUGCUUCAUGAAUAUUGUACCUGACAAUCGGUCUAUCGAGAUUGGUCACGUUUUUUAUGGACCGAAGCUUUCACGAACGCCUGCUGCUACGGAGGUCAAUUAUUUGCUGAUGAAGUAUGCGUUUGAAGAGCUGCAUUUUCAGAGAGUGGAGUGGAAGACGAAUAGUUUCAAUGAGGCGAGUAAGAGGGCCGCUUUGAGGUUGGGCUUCACGCAUGAAGGUCUGUUCAGGAAGCAUAUGAUUGCUAAGGGAAGGAGAAGGGAUACUUGGUGGGCUAGUUGUAUAGAUGAUGAGUGGUUCAAGAAAGGGAAGGGUGGUGUGAAGGAGGCUUUGGAGAAAUGGUUGCAUCCUGACAAUUUUGAUGCUGAAGGGAAGCAAAAGAGGAAGUUGGACGACAUCAGGGAGGAUGGCGCAUGAGUGAAAACUAUGAUGACCACGAUGAUUUGGAGAGCUGACAUGAAACAUCCAUAGAUCACAAUAUUAGAUGCUUAGACGAGGCUCACAUCUCGGCUUCGCAAGCUGGAUAUCGAGGGAUGAAAAUAAUG